AUGAAGGUUCAAAUAAAAAUUCUUCUGACACUCGUUCAACUUUUCGUUCUUGCUUUUGGGCAAGAAAAUUACGAAGCAAACAUCGUUUUUGUCGUUCAUAAGGCAGGAUCGGCAAGCUUCACGUCUGAUUUUAACAAUAAUUCUACUUUGUUGGAAGCCUGUCCUAAUACCGCGAACCUUACAAUUGUAGUAACAGACCCGGGAUAUGAUUUUUCAACAAAUUUGAUCAACGCUUUUCAUACUCAUCGUGGCGGAUGCGUUAUGUGGAUGGAUUUUUCGUAUUACAAGCCAGCAGGUUUCCCCGCAAGUUAUGGAGGACUUUUUGCUCACUACGAAGGCAUCAACGCAGUUUUAGUUCGUAAAUUGUGGCAACUCGAACAGCUCGGAUACGUUCCUGCCGAUAUUCACAUGUUCGGUUUCAGUUUUGGAUCUUAUCAAGCAAUAACUGCUGGUUUCAGAUACGGACCCAAAAAAAUAGGUCGUAUCGAUGCCUGUGAUCCUUCUUCCGAUACUUGGGUAGCAAAUACUACUCCAGUUGCCUUCCAACAUGCCAACGAUUCCGCAAUCGACGUUCAAUGCAUUCACACAACCGCCAUUUUGGGAACAACGAAGCGAUUCUGUCCGAAAAGUAUCAAUAUGGGAAAAUGCGGAACUCAACCUCUUGAAAUUCUUUCGUUUCAACAGAGUCACGAAUUGUGUGUUAUAGCGUACAUAAGUUCUUUCACGAAUAAUUUUAAAUUGGUUUCGAAGGCGCAAAUUCAGACUACAUAUUCUAAACCAUUUUUCCCAGUUACGUGCACCAAUCAACAACAUACGCCAACUUUGCCAUCGUCGCCAGCUUACACGAUGGGAUAUCGUUUCGAUUUUUCACUUCCGGAUGGAGAAUAUUAUGCAGAUUUGAAGAAAGAUUCGCCUUAUUAUGUUGUUUAA